GAUUGCCUCAGCAAAUUCCAAGGCCCGCCGACUCUGUCCUAUUAUAUAAACUCUCUGUCUCCUCCACAAGAAAAAACUUCUUCUCGAUCAAGCUUUAGCCAUGGAUAGUAGCGAAUCAAGCAUAGGCGAAAUCUUUGCCAGAGUGGACCAUCUGCCGUUGUUAAUCAUCGGUCUACAAGCGGCUGAGCAACGACAACCGCCUUCACAAACAAACCAAGAAGUCGUUGUCCUUAACGCCGCCACCCAAUCCCUUUCCUUCAUCCAUGUUCCUGCCGCCGCCGUCUCCGACAAAUCUGGACCUUUGCCUGCAUCGAAGGCGUCCAUUGAUGCCAUGCCCAGAAUAACAGUAACGGAGGAUUGCGUCAAGGACUGCGCUAUUUGUUUAGACGAGAUGAGCGUGGGCGGCGAGAUUCGAGAGAUGCCGUGUAAACAUGGGUUUCACUCGGGUUGUAUUGAGAAGUGGCUAGGGUUACAUCGGUCGUGCCCCGUUUGUCGGUUCAUGAUGCCUACGGAAGAUGAUGGUACUGAGGAUGAUGGUGACGGUGGAAGUGAAGACGGGCGGCGCCAGAGGAGGAGGAUUAUUUCUUACAAUAUCGUCAUUGUGGCUGAUAGGUCGGUGUCAUUGGAUUCGGAUCAGAGUUUGGAUUCUGGGUCGGAAAAUUCCGAUUCUAGUGAUGGACGCAGUUGACUGCUGGUUGACUAGGCAAAAUUAGAGGGUUUUUUGUUAAAGUAAAUUCUUUUUUUUUUUUUUAAUAUGCGUUCAUUCAUGAUUGAUUUUAUUAAAUGCAAUGCAACAAAGCAAUUAGGAAUUUAAUAGAAUUUUUCUUUUAUUCAAAUUUA